UUACUCCCAUCAGUCGUUCUCAGGAUCUCGCGAGAAUUGGUGUCUUCACAUACGUGGCUUUUCCUGGAGCUGUUGGCGAGGAUAGCCGAUCUAGCCGUCAUGGAACUGGAAGCCAUGACCAGAUACACCAGCCCGGUGAACCCGGCUGUGUUCCCCCACCUCACAGUGGUGCUGCUCGCCAUUGGCAUGUUCUUCACAGCAUGGUUCUUUGUGUAUGAGGUAACAUCCACAAAAUACACACGAGAUGUAUACAAAGAGCUGCUCAUCUCACUGGUGGCAUCACUCUUCAUGGGCUUUGGGGUUCUCUUCCUGCUACUUUGGGUUGGAAUUUAUGUCUGAAGAGGUUACACAUACACAGGGGGACGGGUCGAGAAGAACAUUCCGGUGGCUCGGCAUUCUCUCCGGGCUUCAAACUCUACCACACGCACUGGGAACGGGAAUGGACUUUGCACUGGCAGGAUAUCGGGAACUGGGAUUGAUUUCACAAAUAAAAAAGAUUUUGUAUGAA